AUGGAAGACACGUUUCAGGCACCAUUUCGUAUUUGUAUUGAACAAGCCAAGGCAAGCUGCUUGAUGUGUUCCUAUAAUGAAGUUAAUGGGGUGCCUGCAUGUGCUCGAAAAGAUCUGUUACAAAAAGCUCGAGAAGAAUGGGGGUUUCAAGGGUACAUUACUUCAGAUUGUGAUGCGGUGGCCACAGUUUAUGAAUAUCAGAAGUAUGCCAAAACAGCUACUGAUGCUGUAGCUGAUGUUCUUCAAGCAGGGUUGGAUAUUGACUGCGGCUCAUUUAUGCUUCGGAACACUCAAUUUGCGGUUGAUGAAGGGAAGGUGCGGGAAGAGCAGAUAGACAGAGCUCUUCUCAAUCUGUUUUUGGUUCAACUUCGUCUUGGACUGUUUGAUGGAGACCCGAGAGAAGGGUUUUUUGGAAAUUUGGGACCACAGGAUGUGUGCACCCCGGAGCACAGGAUGCUGGCACUUGAGGCAGCAAGGCAAGGAACUGUUCUUCUAAAGAAUGAUAAUAAGUUUCUGCCUUUGAAUAAGAACGCUGUUUUUUCGUUAGCAGUAAUUGGCCCAAUGGCAAACAAAACAAGUGAUCUGGGCGGUGGUUACUCAGGCUAUCCAUGUGACGGAAAGAGCCUUUUUGAGGGACUUCAAUCCUAUGUGAAGGCUGCAUCUUAUGCAGCUGGUUGCCCUGACGUAGCUUGUGAUUCUGAUGCCAUGUUUGAUGAAGCAAUUAGGGCUGCCAAAGAUGCUGAUUUUGUAGUUGUAGUAGCUGGGCUGGAUUUGUCUGCUGAAACUGAAGAUCAUGACCGUGUUAGCCUUCUCUUACCCGGUAAACAGAUGGGUUUGGUGUCUUCUAUUGCUGCUGUAAGUAAAAGACCACUAAUUCUAGUUCUUACUGGUGGAGGGGCCCUUGAUGUAUUGUUUGCUGAACAAGACCCAAGAAUUGCAAGCAUUCUCUGGAUUGGAUACCCUGGUGAAGCUGGUGGAAGAGCACUUGCUGAAAUCAUUUUUGGAGACUUCAAUCCAGGGGGAAGACUUCCAGUGACUUGGUAUCCUGAGUCAUUCACAAAGGUCCCCAUGAAUGACAUGCGAAUGCGAGCUAAUCAUUCUACUGGGUACCCAGGGAGAACUUAUCGGUUUUAUACUGGACCUCGGGUCUACGGUUUUGGACAAGGCUUAAGCUACACUAACUAUACUUACAAACUUCUGUCGGCACCAAAUAAACUAAAUUUGUUAAGAUUCAUUACGGGAACCUCCACUAGGAAUAUGCUACAACAAGGAGGAGAACAACUAAAUUACCUGAAUGUUGAUGAGAUAAAAUCUUGUGAUUCUUUGCGAUUCUCUGUAGGAAUCUCUGUGAUGAAUGCAGGGGAAAUGGAUGGAAGCCAUGUUGUAAUGCUGUUCUCUAAAGUAGCUAAAAAUCUCGAGGGCACCCCUGAGAAACAGCUGAUUGGAUUUGACCGUAUUCAUACUAAAUCUUACAGAUCAACUGAAACAAGCAUUAUGGUUGAUCCUUGUAAACAUCUUAGCAUUGCAAAUGUGUACGGGAAGAGGGUAAUUCCCCUCGGUAACCAUGUUAUCAUGGUGGGCGAUCUGGAGCAUUUUAUUUCCGUGGAAAUUGAUUGAUGCUAUCUUGAAUUCAAAGAGGCAAUUGUAUCAUUGUGUAAUCUGUAUGUAUUAUCAUUAUUUCUUUUCAUAAUAAAAGCAAAACAAAUUGUUUCAGACU